AGAGACAAUUGCCGCUGUGUAACGUGUGUUAACCAAGAUACCAUGCAGCGAGCUCUCGAUACAUUCUCCAUACCGACAGACAUCCUGCCACAAGAAGUGAUUACACUGAAGGAAGGAAUUCAAGUCAAGUGGUCUAAUGAUGGCCAUAUGAGUCUCUAUCCGUGGGAUUGGAUUUUAAGACAUAGAAAAAAGGCUGGAAUCCCUAUUUCGAAAGAAGAGAAACAGAUGCAGGUGGAUCCCUAUAAAUACUGGGGAACUGAGAUUGAGUCAAAUCCACCUUCUGUACAUUAUGAUGAGAUCAUGGCCGAUGAGAAAGGUGUUGGGGCAUGGACAGCAAAAAUUCGCGAAUACGGAUUCUGUUAUGUCGAUGAAUGUCCCAUCUCUCCAGAGAAAACUCAAGAGCUUCUCGAGCGUAUCGCUUUCAUUCGACAGACUCAUUACGGUGGCUUCUAUGACUUCACAUCAGACCUCACCAUGAAAGACACGGCAUACACAACACUCGCUCUCCCUGCUCACACGGACACAACCUACUUCACCGACCCAGCCGGCCUCCAAAUGUUCCACCUCCUCUCCCAUACUGACGGAGAAGGCGGCGCAUCCCUCCUAGUCGACGGCUUCAACGCUGCCCGUACCCUUCUCAAAGAAUCUAGGUCAGCAUACGAAAUCCUCGCCAAGACCCCAAUUCCCUGGCAUGCCAGCGGAAACGAGGGAAUCACCAUCACUCCCGCAAAGAAAUUCCCUGUAUUCAGCUUUCAAGAUCUUCAAGAAGACAGACUGCCAAAACUUCUGCAGGUAAGGUGGAAUAAUGAUGAUAGGGGCGUGGUGGGGUUGAGAGAGGACUAUGGGAUGGGUGCUGAAAAGUGGUAUCGAGCAGCGAGAAAGUGGAAUGAGAUUUUGAAGAGGCCGGCGAUGGAGUACUGGGCUCAGUUGAUGCCUGGGAGACCUCUGAUUUUUGAUAAUUGGCGCGUGCUUCAUGGAAGAUCUGCCUUUAGAGGGAAGAGAAGAAUGUGUGGUGGAUACAUUAAUCACGACGAUUAUGUGUCGAGGUGGCGGAAUACAAACUUCACCAGAGAUGAGGUCUUAAGCCAGAUCCUAUGA